AGUGGCAGCUACUUUGAUGGUACCGCCACUAUUGAAAAGCCUGCUCCAAGCAAUGCAACAAGUAUGAAUGCUGCUGCAGCAUCGCCACUGCGGAAGCAGAUUCGGUUGCAGGAAGGCGUCCGGAAUCUCAACGUGGAAGACCUUCUGGGGAGCCAAGCCGUCGCAUCAUCGCCGGCCAGAGAGCCUUCAGUGGUGCCAGGCUCACCGUCAGUGGCAUCCGAUGCCGCCCGCGAGGAUGCAGCGAUACUUGACACGGUUGACGAUGACCCCUUCCAGGAGGAAGAAGAUGACGACGACUUCGAACAAAGAACAGCGCCAGUCAACCAGAGCAGACGACUGGCGACAAUGCAGUCGACGCAGCCAGCGAACCGUGUUCUUCCAAAGCCUCGCUCACCCCCAGCGCCCUCAGGCACAGCUCGCACCUAUGUGAACCCUACACAAGCCUCGACGACUAGUUCGGUUCCUCCGACAGCCAGCCAGAUGGAGGAUCUCAGAACCCUGGCCCGACUGAACCGUCGAGCCGUUGCCGCCAAAAGCGAACAGCGGCGCCGGAUCCCGUGGUCAGUCCGGGACGAGGAGAUCCUUGUCGAGCUCAUCCGCAAGUACGAGUGUAGUUGGAGCAUGAUAGCGGAAGAAGGCGGCUUCGAAACAUCCCGCGACCAGCAGGCGUGUCGGGACAAGGCGCGAAAUCUCAAGGUUGUCUACCUCUCCACGGACCAGCCGCUGCCGGCGCUAUUCGACAAAGUGGCGCUGUCCAAGAAGGAGCGCGAUGCAGUGAGGAAUGCUGGACGGAACCCAUCUCGUUGCGAAGCUGACAUUGAUGACGACGGACAAGUUAUCAACACGAUUGAUCCCGAUCUCUAGGUUUGCUGUUCGGGUAAAGGCGUUGAAUUGGGUGUUGGCGAUAUUUUCUUCAACGUGACGAUUUUGUUCAAUGUGGUCUCGGGUAGGAUGCACGGUGCGCUGUGGUCGUUCAUUCUUAGCAAGCUUUGGAAUAGUUUAAUGCUGUAAUGCGAGCCAUGAUUGUUUCACAAAGAUCUUCAGGGAGUCGCUCGCGGGAUGUCCAAAUGUGAGAUUGCUGGUCAAACAAGG